AUGCCGUGUGUUUACAAGCCCAACAACGACUUUGCAGAACAGGAUCGGCUGUCUCUGCAACAUGAAAUCUUCCUUCGUGCACUCAAGGGAAAGCUCACGACUACGCGCCUGCUACCAACUACACGAAGAAUACUAGAUCUCGGUACUGGGCCGGGUCACUGGGCUAUCUCCAUGGCACGUCAAUAUCCACAUGCAGAAGUUGUUGGGAUUGACAUGGUCGAGUGGGAUAUAGAGACGACCGAAGCUACAUUGGGAAACUCUACAGUGACAUGGGAGCUUGAUGAUUUGGACGUCUGGGGCAGAGAAAUCAAUGUCGAUGAGCUGGUCGACAAGCUCUCCACCAUGGACCUAGCCACCAACAUGAGCAACCGAGAUCCCCUCGAGUCACCCAAAAAGCCCAAAUCGCCAACCAAAACGCAAAAUGAACCAAAUAGCUCAGACGAAAACAUGACCAUCGACCUUUCCUCCAUAACACCCCAACCAGAACCCGGCUGGCACUUCAGCGACAGUUUCGAUUUCAUCCACCUCCGAAACUUGAAAGGCACCUUCACACACUGGGAAGAAGUCUACACUGAAAUCUACAACAGCCUCAACCCCGGCGGCUGGAUCGAAGUCGUAGACUGGGAUCUCGGUCACGUCCCCAGCUCAACCACACCUACAAAUCCAAACGACAUCCCCUUGCCCACCCUCCGCAAACUCUACGUCGCCUUCAUGGAAGCAUCGUUCAAAUCCGGUCGGCCCCUUGGUCUCUUCUAUAUGCACCCCUCCUACCUCGAAGAAGCCGGCUUCGAAGACAUUCAAACCACACACGUCAACGUGCCUGUGGGCCAAUGGGCCAACGAUGAGGCGCAGAAGUCGCUUGGUAAGAUGAUGUUUGUGCUGGGUAUGGAGACGUUCGAACCGGUUUGUCUCAGGCUGCUGACACGGUGGGGGAGUGGGGGCAGGGUGUGGACGGCCGAAGAAUUGAGGGAGGAUGUGGCGAGAGCGCAGGACGAGAUUAGGGACUAUGUGGCGAGAAGUGAGAGAGGGGAGGUGGAGGGGUGGUGUGCGAGUUUCAAGUGGGUUACGGCGAGAAAGAGUUGGCAUGCUGAGAGGUGA